AUGAAGUGUCUGCUGAGACUCGUUUGUUUGUUGCUUUUAGCAGCAUUUAGCAGUGGAACCGUUCUGCCGUUGAAAAAAGCCAGACUCCCCGACAAGCCCUCGUCUCCGCGAGUUUCAGAAGCUACCCCGAAACUCGCCGAUGUCCAGCCAGACUUUCCCAACAAGAACAUUUACGACCAGGAAAUGAGUCAGUACUCGUCUACCCUGGAUAAGCUUAAGUCCAGUGGAGUGCUCAUCACAAAGGAAACAAUGGACAUUAAUAAAUGGAACAAACUAGGCCUCAAGAAGAUGGCCCAAACAGCUAAAAGCUUUGAUCUUUCUGGGUUGAGUGGAGACUCGGCCAAGGACCCAAUUGUGCUGCCUCCAGAUACAAAGGCAUUGUUCUUGUUUAAUACUCAGUCCAGCGUUGGUCCCUCGUCCAUCUCGACCAUGAAGCUAUCUGUUCCGUUUGACAUUAAUAAGAGCUACCAACUGGUGGACUACAGUCUGCUGCUACCGUUCAAAUACUUGAGCGCCAAAAAAGAUUUUGGCAGUUUCAUCACCAGUGUUAGGAAAGAGUCGAACAACGGACUCCUCUACUACAACGGAGACUCCAAGCUGGACAUCAAGUCUCCUGUGUUUAUUAUGGUGUUUGCCGAGAGCCAGAAAAAUUCAAAGUCCACCCUAUUUGACAUUUUUGCGCGGGGAUGGAUCAAGUUUGUUGGAUCAUUUGACCUGUCACACUCUGCAUUUUGCUCCGUGAAAGACAUGAACACAAACACCUGCACCAAAAUCAAUCAAGACGGACGAUCCAUCGACGUUUUACCUGCAUUCGCUAACUCCAGGCUCAACCUUAACGAUCUGUUUAGCACAAACACUCGGAUCCCAAAAAGAGACAUUGACAGCUCGCUCCUACAACCGCAAUUUCGCAAGUUUGCCACGUUUGCAAACUUCACAACGCUCAACGUUAAUGACGAGGACCCUUUCAAAUCGGUCAAAAUUCAGGUCAGCGAUCCUGCCCUGACCUCGAACGGACUCAACUUCAAAAACGGCUCUUUGUGCAACUCGAUCGACAAUGAAGGGAAUGAGGUGCGCAACUCCACGAAACUGCCCGACGCAAAACUGAGCGACCUGUAUCCAAAUGCCAAGUCCCCAAAGUCGUUCCCUCGCGGAGUUCACUACUCGCAAGUGAUCUUUCCCCACCAGAACCAAAUUGACAAACGCCUUGAGUAG